AUGCAUUGUGGAAUUCGGAGUUCUGAACUUCGUCUACAAGAGAAAUUCAGAGAUGCCGUGCAAGGGAUUGAAGACCAGGGCGACAGCGAUGAUCAGGCUUCUUCCGAAAAGCUCGGACAGGAGUCUCAACAAGCACUUUUCGAUAUACAGCACAAAUACAGUCCUCCUCAGGAGCGUGCUGACGAUUGCGGUGAGCCAGUGAGGCGAACUUGUCCGGUGGUGGUUAGCGAAUAUCCAUUGAGAGCGGUGCACACAUGA